CGUCCCUUGUCUGAGCAUGCGCACUUCGAUGCAUCGUCUGCUAAUCAGAAAGGAACGAUGUUGAUGUUUCGAAUAAUAAUGUUCUUUACAUAGAAUUACUGGAACCUUUGAGUGAUUGUUUCCAUGCAUAAUGGCCACGGAUACCACAGUGCGACUUGAGCUCACCUUUAACCCGGAUGAUGACGAUAACUGUCACCCAAAACGCAAGAAACGAAUCGACAGUGAUGGACUCUCGAAUAUGACGAUGUGGUCAAAAUAUGAGUAUCAGGAAGACAUGGACUGUUCGAAUGAUACACUUUCUGCAACAGUUUCUUCAGGGGAAGAUACAAGAAAAGGGUCAGCUGCGUUGUCGGAGUCAUCAAUACACGAGUCGGGAGACGAUAAAUGCAAAGAGACAUUUAAAUUCCCAUCAUUCAAAUUCUACCGAUUGCGCGUGCCCAGCUGGCGUUGGUCCCGUCAAAAGGACACGGCGAUUCACGGGGAACUGAUAGAAGAAUUGAGCCCCGAGAAUACACUGGAAAGAGAGCAACGUUCCAAAUUGGAGGAAUCUGGGGAAAAUGUCAAAUUGAGGGGGCAUAGUUUGGAGAGGCGUUCAAGUUUGGAUAGGCUCCGAAAAAUCGGCAUCAGGGCACGGCGAUCACUCUCUACAGCGCUGACAUCAUUUGCUUGUCUGGGAGGCCAACGGUUUGAAGACGACGAUGAUGAUACGCCGUAUCUGUCGGCGAAACACGAGAGGGAUUUAAACCCGCCAAGACUAGAAAUUAUUGAUCUGCACAUGCUGAACACCGUGGAUAACCCGGUACUGGUGAUUACUGGUCCCUUUAUCAGAAACGGCAAUUGGGGGAACGCAACGGUUAUUGAUUCAAAGGAGACUAUUAAAGACACUGGAAACUGAUUUCCCUUUCUGAGAACUGGUCGGGGCGCACCUAGCUCUUCAUUCAACUCGGUUUAACAUACCUGUGCACUUACAAACAUUAUGCAUGAUGUAUAUUUACUUACUGUCAUUAAACUAAUUUUAUAAGUUGUGAAAAA